GGUGUUUACAGGUGCAGGAAUUUCAACUUCUUUUGGUAUACCUGAUUUUUGAGGUCCAAAAGGCAUUUGGACACUUCAGCUUAGAAACUAUCUCUGUUACACCUCCAAACUGUUCACCAGUCAAAUCAUUUGUGGCCUUCAUUCAGAAUUGCCUAGGUGCACUAGAUGGAACCUAUAUUAGGGUGAGAGUGCCUACGACAGAGAGACCCAAAUAUCGUAAUCGACAUGGAACUGUAGCAACAAAUGUCUUGGGAGUAUGCACACGAGAUAUGGAAUUUACAUAUGUGUUGCCUGGAUGGGAAGGAUCUGUAGCUAAUGGCAGAGUAUUACACGAUGCUCUACGUAGGGCAAAUGGUUUACGUGUUCCAAAUGGAUGUUACUAUCUUGUUGAUGCUGGAUACACCAAUUGUAAAGCUUUCCUUGCACCAUUUCGUGGCCAACAGUACCGUCUAAAGGAAUGGGAAGAUGGAACACAACCUAGGAAUGCACAAGAGUAUUUUAAUAUGAAACAUUCACAUGCUAGAAAUGUGAUUGAGAGAUGUUUUGGUUUACUUAAUAGUCGUUGGGUGAUUCUUUGUAGUCCAUCAUUUUUUCCAAUUAAAACUCAAAAUCGCAUUAUCUUAGCAUGCUGUUUGUUACAUAAUUUUAUUAUGCACGAAAUGCCUAAUGACGUUCCAGAUCCAAUACCAAAAGAUGAGUGUGAGAAUGACGAGGAAGAUGAAGUAGAAGAUAAUGAUGAUUUAAUAACGGCUGUUGAGCUUUUCAGAGUAGUGAACUGGGUAGCGUAAGAUAUGUUUAAUGACUGGAGGAAUCGUAAGAUGAACUGACAAUUGUCUAUGUGUUUGUCCCUUAGAGCUUGUAAUGGAACUUGUAUUGUUUGCUUGAAUCAUGACAAACUUAUGCAUGUUUUAUCCGGCACAUUCGAAUAAUGUGCGUCGCUUUUAAUUGUUUUUAUCUAUAGUAUUUACAAAUUACUAAUUAUAUAUCAUAGAGGAUGUUGAUUCUUGAUUGUAUACAUGUUUGUUAUUUGUUAUUGUUAGGAUGGACACUUCUAAAUCCAGAGGUCCAGGUCAAAAUAAAAGGUAUUGGACUGAAGAUGAUGAUAAAUUCCUAAUUGAGGCUUUAAUGAAGUUACAUAACGAGGAAACAUAUAAAGCGGAAGGUAAUUUCAAAGCUGGACAUCUGCACGCUCUUGAGAAAAAGUUACAUAGUAGGUUGUCAAGAUGUGACUUACUAGCUAGGCCAUACAUAGAGUCAAGAAUGAAAACUUUGAAGACUCAUUUUCAAAUUGUGCAUGAAAUGCUAACCGGGCUUAACUAUAGCGGUUUCAGAUGAGAUCCAGAUAAGAAAACAGUUACAACUGAAUUAAUAACAUGGUUGAUAGUAAUAGAAGUUGUUCAUCUAAUUUAAUCUUUUUCCGUAUUAAAUUUAGAGUCACAAGGAAGCAUUACCGUUUAAGACCAAGGCUUUUCCCUACUAUGAUGACUUGUGUAUGAUUUUCGGCAAAGAUCAUGUAACUAGUAGGGGUGCCGAGACUGCUGCUGAUAUAAUUGAGGAACUUGAAAAAAAAGCAGCUGAUGACAUUAAUAUUGACGAUAACUAUUUCAAUGACAUUCACAAUACAACUUAUGUUGAUGAAGCGCAGUCAAUGUCUUUCUCACAAGCAUCGGCUAUUCCUCAAACUCAAGCUCAAUCUCAAUGGUCGUCUAAAAGAAAAAUGAAGAGUACAAACAAUGCAAAGACUUAUGAAGCCAUUGAAAGAUCAUCUACUUUACUUGCUGGUGUUAUUGAAAAGGCAAGUGAACGUUUAAGUCGGGCUAUCGGUGAAGACAUAACGGAAAAACAUAGCUGGAUUAGAGAUGAGUUACAAAGGACCACAACCAUUAACGCAAUGGAACAACAUAAAGUAGCCCGGACGAUGAUAAAGGAUGAUGCUUUAGUUUCUCACUUUUUUAGAAUCCUAGAUGAUGAAAAAAAUGAGUGGGCUAGAGUUUUGCUUGUUGGUGAUAUUUAGGAGCCUCCGUUUAGUUUUAGCGGAAAAACAUAGCCGGAUUAUCUUUUGAUAUAGUGGUGUAUGUGUUAUACAUUUCUCUUUUGAUAUAGUGGUGCAUGUAUGUAGUUGAAUGAUAUAUCAAAAAAUAGGCUGUGAAGCGUAAAAACAGCCUUGGCACCCCUACCAGUUGCACGAUCUUUGUCAAAAACCAUACACAAGUCAUCAUAGUAGGGAAAAGCCUUGGUCUUAAACGGUAAUGCUUCCUUGUGACUCUGAAUUUAAUACAGAAAAAGAUUAAACUAGAUGAACAACUUCUAUUACUAUCAACCAUAUUAUUGAUUCACAUUAUAAGUACCUUGAGAUAUGCUUCCCACACCGGCUUUUCAGUUGUAACCGUUUUUCUAUCUGGAUCCCAUCCGAAACCGUUACAGUUAGACCCGGUUAGCAUUUCAUGCACAAUUUGAAAAUGAGUCUUCAAAGUUUUCAUUCUUGACUCUGUGUGGCCUAGCUAGUAAGUCACAUCCUGACAACCUGCUAUGUAACUUUUUCUUAAGAGCGUGCAUAUGUCCAGCUUUGAAAUUACCUUCCGCUUUAUAUGUUCCCUCGUUAUGUAACUCAUUAAAGUCUCAAUUAGGAAUUUAUCGUCAUCUUUAGUCCAAUACCUUUUAUUUUGACCUGAAUCUCUGGAUUUGGAAGUGUCUAUCCUAACAAUAACAAAGAACAAACAUGUAUACAAUCAAGAAUCAACAUCCUCUACGAUAUAUAAUUAGUAACUUGCAAAUACUAUAGAUAAAAACAAUUAAAAGCGACACAUAUUAUUCAAAUGUGCCGGAUAAAACAUGCAAACAACAUAAGUUUGUCCUAAUUCAAGCAAGCAAUACAAGUUCUAAGGGACAAACACAUAGACAAUUGUCAAUUCAUCCUACGAUUCCUCCAGUCAUUAAAACAUAUCUUGCGCUAUAGUAUUCCUCCGCCCAGUCCACUCCUCUGAAGGCUCAACGGCCGUUAUCAAAUCAUCAUUAUCUUAUAUUUCUUCAUCUUCUUCGUCAUUCUCACACUCAUCUUCUGGUAUUGGAUAUGGAACGUCAUUAGGCAUUUCGCGCCUAAUAAAAUUAUGUAACAAACAGCAUGUUAAGAUAAUGCAAUUUUGAGUUUUAAUUGGAAAAAAUGGACUACAAAGAAUCGCCCAACGACUCUUAAGUACACCAAAACAUCUCAAUCACAUUCCUAGCAUGUGAAUGUUUCGGUAAUAUAUCAUAUCUUUCGGGAAUAUAUCUUAAUUGAAGCUGUCUGCUGAAUUAAUUUGAAAAGUGUACAGCUAUUCUGAUAUGAAACAUGUAUCAUAGACCUUGUUCUUGUCAUUUAAACAUUUUUCUUCACAACAGAAAUCAUUCCAAUCAUGCCCCUACAUCUUUCAUGUAUAAAUCUUUGGCAUUCUUAUUGAAGGACAAAUUCUCAAAAUUUUGCCUUCUGUUUUGGUUUUUCCUUACAAAAGUGAAUGGAACUGCCAUUAUCUAUCUGAAACCUUCUAAAGCAUGAAUUCAAUCAAGAGGUCUCAUUGGCUUUAUCGAUAGUACAAAUUUCUUUUCUCCUCCGCAACAUCAGAGUAUUACAGACACUGAUGACACAAAAAAAAAAAAAAAAAAAAAAA